CUUAAGAGAAAAACAUUUAACUCGUAAAUAAUAAGUUAAUCGAUUACAUCCUUUUAAAAAAUAACUAGUUACAGUUAAAAACUUUUUUAUUAAGUGAUUCGUGUAUAAUGGCUGUGUGUUCGAACAUUAUUUUUAUAUUAUUAUAUUUUGAGUGUAUUUUACAAUUAAAUGCUAAGUUGACAGUUUAUAAUGAUCCGAUUGGAAGUUUAAACGAACCGUUUGUGUUUACUAAGGAUGAUAUUAGUGAUGAACGUAUAUUCGAACAUAGUAGAAAUAAACGGGAAGCUAUUCCAGAACAUCCGUCGAUUAUAACAACACAUAAUACUACUUUAAACGAUAGUCAUCAACAGUUGAUGGUACAUUGGGUUGGUGAAGGUUCAAAUGUAAUCAUUUGUUUAGCAAGAGAUCCAUCGACAAAGAGCAAAUUACCAACAAACUCAUCUGCAGUUUAUAUUUCCUAUGAUUACGGUGAUACUUUCCAAAUCAAAACAGAUCUAUUCGCAAUCAAAGAUAAUUCAUCAGAUUAUGCGACACUUGAUCGAUUUUAUAAUCAUCCAAAAUUUAACAAACAUAUUUUAUUUACGGAUACUAGAAAUAAGUUAUUAUUUACAACUCAAGAUCAUGGUAUCACUUUUAAAAGACACCUUUUGGAAUUUCAUCCUAGUGACGUUAUGUUCCAUGAAUAUGAUCCUUUUACAUAUGUGGUACAUGAUAAAGUUCAUUCCGAACGAAAGCUAUGGCUGACAACAGAUUACGGCCAAACAUGGGUCAUAUUACAAAUCUAUGUAAAAUCAUUCUAUUGGGCACCAUCUGAAAGUGCAGAUAAGACUGGUACUUUGUACGUAGAACGUCAAGAACCAACUGGUACAAGCACAAUUAUAGCGAUACCCGAUUUAAAAUCCGAAACACCAAAGUUAAAAGUUUUAAUGGAGGAUGUACACGAUUUUCAAUAUAAAGGUGAUUUUAUGUUCGCAACGAAACAAGAAAUGACCAGAUCAUUUUUCGAUUUAGAAUUAUACGUUUCUUAUAAGAAUAAACCAUUCGUAAAAACUAUUUUUGAUUCAAAACUUGAACGUCGUGAGUAUCAUGUGGCUGAUGUAUCACGAGGAAGAGUCAUGGUUGCGGUUAGCCAUAAUGAAGAAACAUCACAUUUAUAUGUGUCAGAAGAUGCAACGACUAGUGCUAAGGAAAUUAAAUUUUCAUUAUCGUUAGAAAACGUUUUAGCAUAUUUCCCCAAUAUAACCUUUAAAAAUUCAUGGCUAACUCAAGUUGCUGAAGAACCUUUUGCCGAUUUAUACAGAGUCGAAGGCUUAAAGGGAAUUUAUAUCGCUUCACAAGUUACAUCGAAACCAACUACACACGGCAUUACCCCAGAACAUUUAAUAUCAGUGAUAUCAUUCGAUCAUGGCGGGCAAUGGCGUCCAAUUACUCCACCUAGUUAUGAUGAUGAAGGUCGACCAAUUAAUUGUAGUUUAUCUUUUAAUUGUUCCUUACACUUAUCACAACGUUUCAAUCAACUAUUCCCCGAUACUCGUUCUGUCUCAAUAAUGUCAUCAAAAUCAGCGCCUGGUAUUAUAAUCGCUACUGGUGUUAUUGGUGAAUCACUUAAAGGACAUCCUGGGGUCUAUAUAAGUAGGGAUGCUGGAUUAACUUGGAAUCAAGCUUUAAAAGAUAAUUACUUUUUUAAUAUGGGAGAUCACGGAGGUGUUUUAAUAGCUGUGAAAUAUUUUAAACAGAAACAUGAAACACGACAUAUUUUAUAUUCAACGGAUGAAGGUGAAAAUUGGUAUCCGUACGUUUUCAAUGAAGAAGAACUUCGUGUGUACGGUUUAAUGACAGAACCAGGUGAAAAUACUACUGUGUUCACUAUGUUUGGAUCAACAAAAGGUCAUCACCAAUGGAUAAUCAUUAAAAUUGAUUUGAGACAUGUCUUUGAUCGCAAUUGCACCAAUGACGAUUACAAAUUUUGGUCACCAAGUUCUGACGGCGGAGAAGGAAGUGUAAUGCCAUGUAUUCUUGGUCGAGAAGAAACUUAUCAACGUAGAAUACCACAUGCUCGAUGUUAUAAUGGACGUGAUUAUGAUCAACCAGUGAAAAUCGAAGUUUGUGAAUGUGAUGUCGAAGAUUUCGAAUGCGAUUAUGGUUUCAUUCAAAAUGGCCGUCCAUUCCACUGUAUACGUAACAAAUCCUUAGAAGGGUAUAAACCGUUUGAAAUCCCCAGUAAUUGUGUACCAGGUCAAUUUUAUAAUCGUACAAAAGGAUAUCGAAAAGUAGAUGGUGAUAGUUGCGUUGACGGUUAUGCUAGUCGCUAUUUACCAGAUUUAUUACCAUGCCCAAUGGCUCCUACCAAAAACUUCUUAGUAGUAGCACGACGCGAUAAAAUUGUUCGAAUUGACUUGGAUACGAAAGCAGAAGACAUUCUACCUGUAGCUGGCCUAAAGAAUGUAAUCGCAAUUGACUUCGAUCGCGAGAACAAUUGCGUAUAUUAUGCAGAUAUUAUGAAAGAUGUUAUCGGUAGACAAUGUCUGUCAAAUGGUACAAACUUACCGGAAAUAUUAGUCGAAUCAGAGCUUGCAUCUAUUGAAGGAAUGGAUUUUGAUCCAGCUACAAAAAUGUUAUAUUUUGUUGAUGGAAUGCGAGCAAAAAUUGAAGUAAUUCGUACAGACAUUAGUCAUACAGGUCGUAUGCGGAAAACAUUAUUAGGACCGGAACAAUUAUCUAAACCGCGUGGUAUUGCUGUUCAUUCCAAAGCUGGUUACAUGUUUUGGACAGAUUGGGCUCCAAAUUCACCUUCAGUAAGUCGUGCCAAUUGUGAUGGUUCAAAUAUAAAGCAAUUGUUUACAAAGCCAACAGUAAUAUGGCCGAAUGGUAUUACAGUAGAUCAUAUAGCCGAACGUAUUUAUUGGGUUGAUGCCCAAGAAGAUUAUAUUGCUAGUUCAGAUCUUAAUGGUCAACGAUUUAAGAAAGUUUUAUCAAAAGACGAUCGAGUUUCACAUCCGUUUGCAGUUGCAGUUUUUAAGGAUAACGUAUAUUGGGAUGAUUGGAAACAAAAUGCAAUAUUUUCCGCUGAUAAAGAUCAUGGUGUUUCAAUCGAAAAAAUCGAAUCAAACAUGUUAGGUUUAAUGGAUUUAAAAGUGUUUGCUUUUGAUAUUGGAAGUCGUAUGAAUGGAUGCAAUGAUACCAGUGUUUGUACUCAUCUCUGUUUACCAGCACCCAAGAAUAAACACACUUGCGCAUGUCCAGAUGGUAUGACUAUGAUAAAUAACACAUGUAUGUGUCCACAUGGAUUGAAACCGUUUGCAAAUCAAACAUGUCCGCAAGAGAAAAAUUCUUGUUCGAAAGAACAAUUUACGUGUGGUAAUGGCAUUUGUAUCGCCAAGGGCUGGAAGUGUGAUGGAGACAACGAUUGUGGUGAUUGGUCCGAUGAGAAAUGUGAAUUAUAUUCAUGUAAUGCGAAUAUGUUCUCCUGUGGGGACGGUAAAUGUAUACCAAAUUAUUGGCGUUGUGAUUAUGAAAAAGAUUGUCCAGAUGGUACAGAUGAAUUAAAUUGUACGUUCCAAAAUUGCACGGCAUCACAAUUUGCAUGUAAAAAUGGUCGAUGUAUUUCAUCUAAAUGGACUUGUGACGGGGAAGAUGAUUGUCGUGAUGGAUCCGAUGAAGCUAAUUGUCAUAAUGAACCAUCGAAAACUUGUCGAUCUGAUGAAUUUAAAUGCAAGGGUAAUGGACAAUGCUUACCUCAAGCAUGGCGCUGUGACACUGAAAACGAUUGUCCUGAUGCAUCAGAUGAAUCAGCUUGUAUGAACAACACAUGCAAUGAAUCUCAAUUCCAAUGUAAGAAUCGACGUUGUAUUUUCAAAGCAUGGGUUUGUGAUGGCGAUAACGAUUGUCAAGAUGAAGGACUUGAAACAGGAUCCGAUGAAAAAGAUUGCCCAGUAACAAAUGUUACAUCUGCACCACCAUCGUUACCCAGUAAACCAGUGAAUAGUUCGUGUCAUGAUUGGAUGUUCCCAUGUGAAAACUCCAAAUGUAUCCCUGCCUGGUGGAAAUGUGAUCAUGUAAAUGAUUGUGGCGAUGGAAGUGAUGAAAAAGGUUGUGGUCCUUCGUCAAAUGCAAGUUUAACGCCUCCACCAGCAACAGCAAAACCAAUGCCAUUCGUUUGUAAACAAAAUGAAUUCCAAUGUAUGUCGGGAAUGUGUAUUCCAGAAGCAUGGUUGUGUGAUGGAACUGAUGAUUGUUCGAAACGCGAAGACGAAGCUAAGUGUACCUCAAUUAAACCGAAAUGUGGUAAUGAUUUCUUCCAUUGUCGAGUGGAUGGAACUUGUAUUCCAUUAAAUCAAGUUUGUGAUGGUAGUGCUAAUUGUCCUGAUGGUAGCGACGAAAUUUCUUGUACUCCAGAACAUAGUAGUGAACCAACUCAAACAUCAUCUGUAUCUUGUCCAGUUGGUUUCUUCCCAUGUGAUAGUCUACGUUGUUUACCAUUAGGAAAAUAUUGUGAUGGAAUACAAGAUUGUUAUGAUGGUACAGAUGAAAUAGAUUGUGGAAAAUCAACAGGACGUGUUUAUCAAGUCCUACAAAUGGGUGUUGAUGAACGUAGCAUAAACAGCUCAAGUUUACUUCUGUAUUGGUGGAUUCCAGUACCACAACAAAUUAAAUUCCAAUUUUUACCAUCAAUUCGUAAAGUUAAUGUUGCGAAUGCACCAUGGAAAAAUCAUACAAAAUGGAUUGAGGAUACUGAUUUCCGAUUUACUAAUUUAGAACCGUAUACACAAUAUAAUUUGACGGUGUACGUGCGAGUAGCUAACAAGGAUCCGGCUUUCCAGCCUGCAAAAUAUUUUAAUGCUACGACUGGCGAAGGAGUGCCAAGUGAACCGUAUAACGUGACUGUUCAACAACGAAAUGGAUCACAUGUUGAAAUUGAAUGGCUUGCUCCAAAACAACCAAAUGGACAAAUUAUUGAUUAUAUAGUUAGUCAAGCGCCACCAAUUCCACCAAUUCAAAUUCGUAUGAAUUCAAACACCACGUCAUAUUUAUUAAGUUCACAUUUUGAAGGUGGAACCAAUUAUUCAUUUUGGAUUACCGCAAUAAAUGGAGCUUUUUCAAGUAACAGUUCAAAAGUAGCAUCUCUAACCUUCGAUGGAAAUGCUGAUAUUGAUCUAAUUUCUGACUUGAAUGUGGUCAGCAACACAAAUGAUUCAGUUUCGUUACGUUGGAAGGGUGUCCCAGAUGUAGAGGGAUACCAUGUAACACCUAUCGUAAAUCCACCGUAUCCACAACAGGAUAUGGUUAUCACAAACAAGAGUACAAUAACUGUAUCAAAUCUAUCACCAGGCACAACUUAUCUAUUUAAAGUGCGUGCAUUUAAAAAAUCAUAUUUGGGUCAUGAAACAAAUGUUUAUGGUUCAACACAAGGUGCUCCAUUACCAACGGUUACACACAUGGAUGCAGUACUUACCAAACAAACGUCUGUUAAAGUCACGUGGGAUCAACCGAAAGAUUCACGAAAAUUACCAUGGAAAUAUGGUGUUUAUUAUGCGUUAUCUGCUUCACAGUUAUUUAAAAAAGCAAAAUUGAUUACUUCGAAUUAUUCUGCAAUUAUAAAGGAUCUUGAACCAUGUGAAAAAUAUUUGUUUGCUGUUGGAAUUGUUGGUCCUAUUGGAAUGGGUCCAUUAAAUAAUCGUCCUGUUAUGAUCCAAACAAAUGCAAGUCUUGCUGCAGCACCUAGAAAUGUACGCGUUUUCGAAGAUCUUUCACACAAUACUUCAAUGGUAGUUGAAUGGUCACCUUCAUGUCCAGAAAUGGGAGAAGUUUCAUACACAAUAACUGUAACGGAAUUAAAUUUGAAGAAAACUUUAUCGAUCACACUUUUACCAAUGAAAGGAGACCGUUUAACGCAUACAUUUAAGGUACAUCAAGGUGGUCGAUAUGCAGUCUCUAUACGAACAGCAAUGUCGAAUUCAAUAGCUAGUGCACCAGCUGUGUUCUAUGCACGUCCAUUGUAUCCACCGCAUCAGGUGCAACUUAUACCAGAAAAGAAUGGUAGUUAUAUACUUUAUUGGCAAAUUUCAGAUAUUCUCCAUUCUGAAUUAACUAAUUCCACAUAUUAUAAAUAUGAAGUAUUAGUAUCAGAAGGAAAUACAUUAAAUGAAACGACAGCCAAAAAGUAUAUUGUUUCAUCACCGCCAUUUAUUAUCGAUAAUAUCAAAGAUGGAAAUGUAUAUUCAUUUGCUGUUCGAUUAAAAACAGAAGAUGGAUAUAGUUCAAUACUUUCUGAAGUUAAUACUUUCGUUAUACCUGCAGCUGAUGCAUGGUCUGCAGUGCUUUCAACAUCAAGUUUAGUAGGAAUUUUAGUUCCAACGAUGAUUGUUAUUAUUACAUUAAUAAUAGCCCUUGGAUUUUUCGUUUUGAGACAUCGUAAACUUCAACAGAGUUUUGUAAGAUUUGCUAAUAGUCAUUACGAUACUAGAUCAGGAACGACGACAUUUGGUGGUGAAGGAUUAGAUGAAGAUGAAAGUCCAGUUAUUCGAGGAUUUUCAGAUGAUGAACCAUUAGUUAUAGCGUAAUUUAUAUUUAAUAUAAUUAUACAUAAAAAAAUAUUUAUUUAAAUGAAAUGAAAUUUGAAAACAAGUUACCAAAAAAA